AUGAAAUUAUUAUUUGAUAAGAAAAAUGUGCCAAAUUUGGACCUUGCUUUAUCAUCUAAUGAUAACAACAUGCCAGAAUAUGUGAAUGAAGGAUAUCUGCAGUCUCCUAAGAAAAUGAUCUAUGUUCAGAGUCGCUUCACUCGAAAAGUUGGCUCAUUGAUUGAUCUUGAUCUUGAUACUUCUGACCAUAAAUUUAAGACGAUUGAAAAAAAUGAUGAGAAUUGCUGCGUUAAUAAAUUCAAUUAUAUGAAUGAAAUGACUUGUAAAGAAUCGAUUAAAGCGAGAAAACGAAAAACUUUUCGCAAUACGAGUAAUGAAAAUUUUGUUCGGCUUCGAAUUGAUCGAAAGAAAUUAACAUUCAAAAAAUUUUCAAAAUAUAGAAAGAAAAGGAUUUGCGCUCAAAAAAUUAGGUGA